UUUUAGAAAAAUGCCUUUUAAAAUAGUGGAGACCACAGAAAAUGGUAAUUCUUUAUUAACAACUGUCCCAGCUAAUUGGGAACAUCGCGGAACAUUAUAUUGGCCACGGAAGAAUGAGGCUAUUUUGAUUAAGGCUGAGGAUUCUACACCAGAAAUAAAUUGGAAAUCGAUGCCAUGUAUCGUGAAGCGAAAUAAUAUUCCCAAUUAUGAAAGUUCCGAACAACAAAUUGCUCUUAUGUCGGAUAUGUCCGACACGGAUACGGACCAGGAGAUCAUUGCAAAAACCCAAAGACCUAACAAAACCACUACACAAAUAAAUUUGAACGACCUGGUAAAUAGCUGUCUAUCGGAAAAUACUAGUGACGUUGUGUUAAAUAAUCAAAAUGCCAGUAUUGGAGCCAUUGAAGUUAUAGAAAUACCCUACGAUCAAGCCACUGAGACCACAGGAGCCCCAGAAAGUAAUUCUGAAAAACAAGACAAUAUAGCCCAAAAGCUCGACCAAUUAAUAAGUGUGGCAUCAGCAAACGAAAUAAAUAUUCAAGUACUAUUUGAUAAUCAACAAAGUAUUCUACAAAAACUUGCUUUAUUGGACACUAAAUUAGAAGAAUUAGUGACUCGUAUUUUGGUACCAGUAACAGAUUUUAAUCGUCAGGACAAUAAUAAAGACAAUUUCAAAAUUAUAAGUAACCUACAGGAACUCACAAGUUUAGAGGAACGUUUAAAUAAUCCGCAAGCUGAAGAAAAUAUUAUAAAGCUACUUUCUGUAACUUGUACGAAAGGCAGAGGUCGCGCAUAUAAUAACGCUUACGCCUUGGUGGAUGCCAUGUUCACUCGGCAAUUUAUGACCCAAUGUUCUUGGUCUGGAGGUUCUAGAGGAGACCCAAAAAUAUGUUUUAAAUCUUAUAAUAAAACUAUAACAUUAUUUUUUAAAAUAAUACACCAAUCUGACAAUAACUUCACAAUACCAGACUGCGAAUUAUUUUUUAAAAAGGUUAUGAGGCACGCUAUUAAAAGAAAUGAAUGCAGAAUGCUGAGGGCUUCUGCUCAAAAGAACAGACCAAAACGAGUUAAAGUGUUGCAAGAAAAUAAUCACCAGUCAGUUGUAGAGCAACAUAAUGUCCUGAAUGGAGAGCAAGAAAAUACACCACCACUUCAGAAAGAAACUAACUCACCACUUGAUUUAACCAGCUAGAUUCAAAUCAAGUGGUGAUCGUGUGAUGGUCGCGAAUACGGACGGUCACGAUAAAGCACCCACCCCCUCUCAUUCCAUCGAAUAUAUCAAUUCCACGGUGGCUAUUUGAUUAUUUGCCUAUUUGUUCGGUUGUUCGAUAAUAUAAAGUUUAAAGUUUCCUGUUUAUUUAUAUUUUUUAUGUUAGUUUUGAAAACUUUUC